AUGCAAACGACAUCAACAAUAUCAAAGAGAAUUCAAAAUUUUACUAGUAGUGGAUCAGAACAAUUGGAUGAUUAUUUAAAAAGUACGCACGUGCUUAACCAACAAAAUCCGAAAAAUUUACCAAUAUUUUUCAUCCCAUUAAAUGAAUUCGAGAAAAUCAAUUUAUUACGUAGAGGUGGAGAAGGUUUAAUUUAUACAGCAAAUUGGAAAGCCGGUGUAAAUGGUUCAGGACCCGAAAGAGUAGUAUUGAAAAAAUUAUUAGGAUUAUGUCGUCCUAAUACGGAAGAAACAAAAGAAUUAAGUAGUAAAGGAUCGAUCUUUGGUGUUCUUCCUUACGUUGCUCCUGAAGUUUUAUCUAAUAACUAUUAUGGACCCGAAGCUGAUAUUUACGGUUUUAGCAUCGUGGCUUGGGAAAUAUUAAGUGGUAAAAGACCUUAUGAUAACCUUUCUCAUGAUUUCGAUUUGGUACAAUUAGUUAUUAAUGGUCUAAGACCUCCUCCCGUUAAUGGCGUUCCAUUACAAUUAUGGAACUUAAUUCAAUCUUGUUGGAAUGGUGAUCAUACUCAAAGACCAACCGCAAAAGAAUUAUACGCUAAAUUUGUUAAAUGGUUAUUAAUUGAUAAGAUUUAUGAAAAAUGGGAUAAUGAUUCGAAUAACGAAAUUGUUGAGAAUAAUACAAGUAUAGUUUGUGAUGAUGAUAAUUUUUCAAGUAACCAUUUUUUAUCUUCUACAUUAUAUGAUACAAGUUCUUGUAUUUCAAGUAUGCAAACAAGUAGCGUAAUUAGUAAUACUGUUGAUAAUCUUGAUACUAGACAAAUUGAUCUUACCAUUCCGAACUGUUUAAACGAAUCUCAAGUAAUUAAUAUUCAGAAUUUUUAA